AUGAGUGAAACAAAUGAGUCGUUAAAAUAUUCAGAUUUUAAUUUGUCCAAAUUCGGUAACAAGAGACUAAGAAUAAACAAAACGGAUGACAAUGUAAAAUAUUUUGUUUCGCGCUUUACGGAUAAUCGCGAAUUAAACAAGUUAACCCCGCCCAUAACAUUUAUAUCCAAAGAUGAAGAUAUAGAGAGUACUUUAAGAAACGAGAAGAAUAAUAAUUCAUUUUAUUGGUUAUUGAAAAAUACGUCUAAUGAAAAAGGAAAGAUAAGUCAUCAAUCUUAUGUAUCUAAAAAAUGUAAUUUAGAUUCGGACGUUUUUUUUGUUUUAAUUGAAAAUGAAGAAUAUUCUGAUCUUUACCCUGUGUCUAGUUGGCAUGUUUUUGAACCUGACUUGUCAGCUAAGACUUCCAAUAAAUAUAAUACAGAUAAUGCACAAGAAAAAUUGAAAAGUGAACUAAAUAAUAAAAGAUUAGAUGAUAUAUUAGAAAGGCUAAAAAAUAAAGAAGAAAUGAUGAAAAUUAAUAUAAAAGAAAAAGACGAAAAAAAAAAAAAAAAAAAAAAAAAAAUUAUAAAUACAAAUUCGUCUUCAGAUGAAGAAGACGAUGAUGAUGAAUUUGGAUUAAGAAGACAAGAAAAAAAAAGAUUUAAAAAUUUAUAUAAAUUAAGAAGAGAAAAUAAAGACGAAAUUGAAUAUGUAAAUUCAGCCUUAGCAAUUACAUCGCUUAGAAAAAGUAAUGUUAAUUGGGACUAUAACAAUGAUGGUAAGAAAAGCGAUGAUGAAGAUUUAAAUGUCGAUGAUUCAGGUCAAGAAGAAUUUGAUGAAGAUGAAGAUGAAAAUGAUGACUCAGAUAACAAUUCAUAUAAUGAUGAAUCUACAUUAACAUCUUAUGGUCAAACCCUGAAAUCUUUAUUAAAACAGCAAGUCAAUGAUGAAGAGGAUGAUGAACUAAAUCAAUAUUCGGAUGAUGACGAUGAUGAAAUAGACCAAGGUAAAGAACAAGAAAUUAGUAAAAAACAAAAACGAACAGUGAAAAAAAGAAUUUUAAAAAAUAAACCAAAAAAAGGUGAAAACACUAAAAAGGAUAAAAAGAAAAAACGAGAUGUAAACAAAAAACAAACAAAGAAUGAAGUGGUUGAAGAAGACGAUGAGGAGGACGAAGAAGAGGAUGACGAUGAGGAGGAGGAGGAGGAGGAUGACAAUGAUGAUGAUAAUGAAGACGAGGAUGAUGAAGAAGACGAAGACGAUGAUGACGAUGAUGACGAUGAUGAUGAUGAUGAUGAUGAUGAUGAUGAUGAUGACGAGGAUGACGAGGAUGACGAAGAUGAUGAUGUAGAAGAUGAAGAAGAGGCAAAAAAUAAAGCUACAACAAGUAAUAAAAGUAACAAUAUUAAUGAAUUUAUUAAGGAAAAAAUUCGAAAAAAAGAAUUACAAAUUAAAGAAGAUAAUUGUGCUAAAAUUUUAUUAAAAAUUAUAGAAAAAAAUAAUGGGAAAAUGGAUAUAUUAACUCUAUUAGAUAUUUUAAACAUCAAAGAAAAAAAUCAAAGUUUUCUAAUCGUACAAAAAUGUAUAAAAAACUUGUGUAAUGUUAGUUCGCAAACUAUAAACAACAAAAAAGUAAAAAUGAUUUAUAUAAAACCGAAAUAUGUACCUAAAUGA